GGGCAGGGACGGGGCUGGCGAGGGUAAGUGCCUGACAUCGCCUUCCCCCUCCUGGAGACUCAGGGCUUCUGGACUGGGUGGGGCCUCCCACCGACCCCGGUCUGUCCACUCGCUUGGCCUGGGGAGGGCGUGGUCUAGGACUCCGCCCCCUUCCGCGGGCUCAAAAUGCGCGGCGUCCGCGGAGGCGGGGUCAGAGCGCAGCGGCGGAUCCCAGCGCGGCUCCUGGAGGCCGCCAGGCAGCCGCCCAGCCGGGCAUUCAGGAGCAGGUACCAUGGAUUCCUUCAAGGUAGUGCUGGAGGGACCUGCCCCUUGGGGCUUCCGUCUGCAAGGGGGCAAGGACUUCAACGUGCCCCUCUCCAUCUCUCGGCUCACUCCUGGAGGCAAGGCCGCACAGGCCGGUGUGGCCGUGGGAGACUGGGUACUGAGUAUCGACGGUGAGAACGCCGGAAGCCUCACACACAUUGAAGCCCAGAACAAGAUCCGUGCCUGUGGGGAGCGCCUCAGCCUGGGUCUUAGCAGAGCCCAGCCUGCUCAGAGCAAACCACAGAAGGCCCUGACCCCUCCCGCCGACCCCCCGAGGUACACUUUUGCACCAAGCGCCUCCCUCAACAAGACGGCCCGGCCCUUCGGGGCACCCCCACCUACUGACAGCGCCCUGUCGCAGAAUGGGUGCAGACCCCUGACAAGUCAACAGCUGCUCAGACAGCUGGUCCCUGAUGCCAGCAAGCAGCGGCUGAUGGAGAAUACUGAAGACUGGCGCCCGCGGCCAGGGACAGGCCAGUCCCGUUCCUUCCGCAUCCUUGCUCACCUCACGGGCACAGAGUUCAUGCAAGACCCGGAUGAGGAAUUCAUGAAGAAGUCAAGCCAGGUGCCCAGGACAGAAGCCCCAGCCCCAGCCUCAACCAUACCCCAGGAAUCCUGGCCUGGCCCCACCACCCCCAGCCCCACCAGCCGCCCACCCUGGGCCGUAGAUCCUGCAUUUGCUGAGCGCUAUGCCCCAGACAAAACCAGCACAGUGCUGACCCGACACAGCCAGCCAGCCACACCUACGCCUCUGCAGAACCGCACCUCCAUAGUUCAGGCUGCAGCUGGAGGGGGCACAGGAGGAGGCAGCAACAAUGGCAAGACGCCUGUAUGCCACCAGUGCCACAAGAUCAUCCGCGGCCGAUACCUGGUAGCACUGGGCCACGCGUACCAUCCUGAGGAAUUUGUGUGCAGCCAGUGUGGGAAGGUCCUGGAAGAGGGUGGCUUCUUCGAGGAGAAGGGAGCUAUCUUUUGCCCCUCCUGCUAUGAUGUGCGCUAUGCACCCAGCUGUGCCAAAUGCAAGAAGAAGAUCACUGGAGUGAGUGGGGCUGGCAGGUGGGCAGGAGAUGCAGGUGGGCAGGAGAUGCAGGUGGGCAAGAGAUGCAGGUGGGCAGGAGAUGCAGGUGGGCAGGAGAUGCAGGUGGGCAGGAGAUGCAGGUGGGCAGGAGAUGCAGGUGGGCAGAGGGGCAGAGGGCAAGGGAGAAAGUGAAAUGUUAGCAGUGUUGAGCACUGUUGAGCAGCUGUUAGAUGUGCAGUUCUCAGCAGGAAUCCCCAGACUCCUAAACAGCCUAACAGCAGAGAGUGUAGCUCAGUGGUAGAGCACCUGUGUCACACGCACAAGGCCCUAGUUCUGUUUCUGGCAGCCUCAUCAGGCACAGUGGCGUUGACUUCUAAUCCCAGCACUCAGAAAGCAGAGGCAAGAGGAUCAUGACCGACAGCCCAGCCUAGGCUACGUAGUGAGACUGCCUAAAAAAAGCGGAAACAUUCUAUCAAUGGCUUCACUUUAUAUCAGGCAGGAUACUUUUCUUUUUUUUCAGUUCUUCUAGAUGGGGUUUCUCUGUGUAGCCCUGGCUGUCCUGAAACUCGCUCUGUAGACCAGGCUGGCCUUGAACUCACAGAGAUCCUCCUGCCUCUGCCCUCUAAGUCCCGGGAUUAAAGGUGUACACCAUUCCCGCCCCGCCAGCCAGGAUAUCUUAAAAGAUCAGCUACUUGUUUAUAUUUUUAUUUAUUUUACCUGUAUCAACUGUUUGGCCUGCACAUGUGUAUGUGCACCACAUUCACACGACUGGUACUCUCAGAGGUCACAGGACACUGUCCUCUGGAAUCACAGAUGGCUGUGACUUACCGCGCGAGUGCUAGAAAUGAAGCUCAGGUCCUCUUAACAACUGAGCCGCCAUCUUCCCAGCCUAAAAUACCAAACUCUUAUUCAAAAAAAAAGCUUAAGCACAGGAAAGGAGCCAGCUUCAGGGACUGGAGGUGCUGACUCCAGAUGCCUCUGAGCCUUGGCUCCGUGAUCUCCUGAGUUUGCCUGUUUUUACCUUUUGUCGGUUUGGCCUUCCUUCAGUCACAGCAUGCUUUCCUCUGGAAACCGGCAAGAGCAGUGCCACUCUGCCUGUGAGGUUCCAUUUCCCCCGGUUAGCUCCAUAGGAGAGAAAACACCUCAGUCCCACUCGACACCCAGCCGUCCCAGCACUGAUGCUCAUUGGCUUGGCUUGAGUCACGUAAUCAUUCCUGAAAGUUCCAUGUGUCUGAUUGGAUGAGGCUGGGGUAUGCCCUCCCCGGUAGCUGUCAGGAAGGUGACUCUCCAUCCUGUCAAACAUUGACAGGUGGCUUUGAGCUCCAACUGAACCAGUGAGCAGGGACGAAUGGUGACCUCAAAUAAAAGCAGAACGGCAGUACCCUCAGAAGGGAAGUGGUCAAGAGAGGGUUGCACCCACUGGGUCUGCAUUUGGCUGCCAUGACAGUGGAGACAUGGCCAGUAGAAACAGGCUUUCUUAUUUCAGACAGAAGGGUUCCCGAGCUAGAAUGGGACUCCAGGGUGGCCCAGCAGGAGAGGGAAGGGGCAAACAGCAUCCUUAGAUGGGUAAUGUAGACUGAGGUCCAUCCCAGUCCUUACGUUAUAAGGUUUUGCAUUUGAACCCAAAAGAUAUAAACUACAUUAUUGUCUAGAACUGCAGUUCACCCACCACAGGCUCAUGGGAAGAAGAGAAGCCCAGUGUGCUUGUCACCCUAGCUGGCCAUGGGGGAACUGGUUCCAGGACCCCACAGAUACUGGCGCCCACGUUCCUUAUACAGAGUGGUAUUAUAGUCGCAUGUAACCUCUGCAUAUCCUCUGUGCCUCAGCCGUCUCUAGAUCAUUUAGAAUCCCAGUCACAUAUAGUUAACUGUUGCCCUGGGUCAUUCAUGGAUAAUGACCAGAACAGGAAGUCAACCUCUGUUCAAUAGAGACACAAUUUCUUCCCAAGCAUUGCUGAUUCAUGGUUGAUCAAAGCCACAGAUGACGGGCCUGAGAGUUCUGAGGGCCACUUGUACUUUAGCUCAGAAGUCGAGGUUGCAGCUGCCAGUGGUAGCAGAAGGCUGUCUAAAAUGCCACAAACAGCCAGUCCAGUGUCUACUGCUUCUAGCAUGCAAAGCCGAGACUCUGGAAGAUAACCUGAGAUAGCCUGACAGUACUCGUGGAUGGCAAAGGUGGAAACCCAAAGUAAAACAUGGAUGCAAAUAUGUUCUCUCAGAGGCUAAACACAGAGCAUAACACCAGGUUUUCUCUGCACAGCUGGGCUUGAGGCUGUAUCUGUGUAUGUAGCAGGAGUUCAUACGGGCAGACAGGUCUAAGGUCUAGCCUGUGACCUACAGGCUUGGGGAGAUGGGGACACAGAACAGAUUAAGUUUGACAACCUGGGUGGGUUUCUAUUGUACACAAUGGGCACUAAGGCCCAGAAAGUGGGGGGGGGGGAGUGUCUGUGUGUCUGUUUCUGUCUGUCUGUCUGUCUGUCUGUCUGUCUGUGGUAAGACUAUAAAGUUGAGCCCAGGCCCACCUCUUCCCUAACUUGAACUCUGGAUACAUAGGCAAGGCUGUUAGGUGUGGCCAGAGUCCACAAUGUGACUCCUGGUUUAGUGAGAAGGGGAGAGAACUCUUUUAGCAGCUUCAUGCAAAGGUGGGCAGCCUGGGACUGGAUAGCAGGUAGCUUCCUUCAUUUUGUUGCCCAGACAUUCUCAAUAUGUGUUCUUAGUCUAGGGUGACUCUUGAGCCUUGCCCAAGAUGUCUGCAUUCCAGCUAGCCCUAAGCCAUAAAGAGGAAGAGGAGACAGGUGGCACCCAUCUUUAAAGGGUGAUGUCACUUAGCUCUUCUGCUUCCAUCUUGCUGAUCAGAACCCACUUGUUACCCACACCUAGCUGCAAGGGAGGCGGGGACGUAUAGCCUUUAUGUUGGGUAGCCACAUACCUAGCAAAGAUGGAUUUCAUCAGGUACCUGAAAGGAAAAAACUCACUUCCCAGGGAUAAAAGUCUGCCCUCACCACUCUUCCAGGUGUUUCUAGUAAGGGGCCUUUCUGCCCAAAAGUCCCUUGAAAAUACUCCCUGCUUCUGGCUCCAUUUUGUCAGUAAGCUCUGGGCCCUCUACCACAGUACCUUUGCAUAGGCCUAGCCUCUCUUACCACCACUCCUCCUCAGCUGAGACUCAGCUAUCACUUCCUCAAGAAACUCUUCAACCUCUUUUUUCUUUCUUUCUUUCUUUCUUUCUCUCUUUCUUUCUUUCUUUAUUUAUUAUAAGUACACUGUAGCUGUCAGACACACCAGAAGGGGGCAUCAUUCUUUUUUUUUUAAUUGUGUGUGCAUACUUGAAUGAAUGUGAGUAUCUACGGAAACCAGACGAGUGUGUCAGACACCCUGGAGCUGGAGUUACAGGUUGCCAGAAAUGGGUGCUAGAUAUUGAACUCUGAUCUCCUUCCAAAUUAUACAUCCAUCCCUCCAGUCCCAGGAAUACCCUUCUACUGUAUUCAUUCAUUCAUUCAUUCAUUCAUCUCCCCCCCCCCUUUAUUGUAUUCAUUCUCUCCCUCACUUUUGUUGAGACAGGGUUUCUCUGUGUAGCCCUGGCUCUCCUGGAACUCACUGUAUAGACCAGGCUGACCUCGAACUCAGAGAUUUACCUCUGCCUCUCAGUGCACUACCACCGUGCCCCACACCUCAAUACCCCCCUUUCCCAUGAGGCCUCCCCACAAUUCACUUACCCACCGUAUCCUCAUCCUCUGACCCAUCUUGUUUCUCUGGGUGUGGACGCUGUGAGCCAAGAGCAGGUCUGUUUGAUUUAAGCGCUGUGCCCAUUGUAGAAGGUGGUCAGUAAACACUUGAACAGGUGCACGGAAGUGGCCUUAAUAGGAAGGCAAACACACACACGAGGGAAUUCCCUCAGAGAAGGAUGCAUGCAGAAGAGCGGUCCGUGCCCCAGGUAGCACUUGAGGAAGGUUAAGACAGAGGAGUUAGGAGCUGAAGGCUGGUCGGAUGAGCUUCAAGGAGCUGCUCUUGGGGUUGUGGGGGAGGGGAAUGACAUCCAGGUUCAUCCCAGAGCUAGGAUGCCCCCCAAGAUUAUGUUUGGCAUGGCCACGCUUGUCUUCUGAGUCAGUAGCAUGUUUUACAAAUCCAAACUAGGUGUAGCUGGAUGGUUCAGGGCUUACCUAGCGUCUAUGAGGUGUCACCAGCACCAGGAAAAACAAAAGGUUUCAACCUAAGUAUUCUAGUCAUUUGGAGUGAACCUGUAAUCCUCAAGUGAGGCAGGCUCCACUUGGGCCCACCGAAUACCCCACCUGGGUCCCUGACUGCAAACCUGGGCUAUUUUGGAAACGGCCCAGGAUUGGAGUACUAGAGUCCUAAGAUAGGUAGUUAGGCUUUACAAGAGGAUAAGGCUGUUGCCAGGUGCCCCAUACAGUCUCCAGCCCUGGUGACCUUUAUGAGUUCCAGGAAUGGCUGUUUUUCCCUGGGGAGAGGUCAUCUCCUGAACCUCUGCUUCCUCCAGUAGAGCCAGAUCCACCGAGGACCCACAGCGGGCUAGGCACUGUUGGAAUAGAUCCAUUCAUAGAGCAGUGGACGCUUCAUGUCUCCUACAUCUAGGAAGGAUUGGAGGUGGGGAGGGGAGGGAGACGUGGCUUAAAGUAGUCACUGGUGGGGCUGGGGAUUUAGCUCAGUGGUAGAGCGCUUACCUAGGAAGCGCAAGGCCCUGGGUUCGGUCCCCAGCUCCGAAAAAAAAAGAAAAAAGAAGAAAAAAAAAAAGUAGUCACUGGUGUCAGAGUGGGCCCUGUGGAGAAAGUGACAAUUAUACAGACACUUAAGCCUUAAGGUUGAGAAGAUCUAUCUGGGUGAGCAGAGAGCACACGGGUGUGAACAUGUGAGCGAUGGUGGGUGGAGGUGUGGGGGAGAACAGGGCAGACUGCUGGGUCCUGCACAGGCCUUUUAAAGACACGACCUUCAUAAGUUACGUGGGCCAAGUUUGAACUCUACCCUGCAGGCUUUUAAGCUGUCACCUGGCCAGAUGCGUCUUGAAGUUGGACCCUUCGAUACUUACUGAUUGAUUAAAGGAUAUGGGGGAGAGAGGGAGUGUUGAGUCACGGUGGCACAGACCUGAAAAGCUCAGCAGUGGAGUGAGGAGCACCAGCAUCAGGGGUUCAAAGCCAGCCAGAGCUAGAAGAGACUACCUCAAAAAAAAAAAAAAAAAAAAAAAAGAAAGAAAACAAAAGAAAGAAAA